UCAAGAAAAACAAACCGGCGAUAGUCAGCGAUUGCUGAAAAGGGUAACUGGAUUUACUUUUCGAAGGCCGAAGGAGAUCAGGUCAUUUUUGUCUAAAUUUGUCUAAGACACCGACAUUGUUUUGCUGAGAACAUGUGUCAGCGGGACGACGAAAGCAGCCCUGUGAGCCUGCCAAUGUACACGUGGGAAGAAGUCAGAAAACACACAGCGAGAAAUGACAGCUGGCUUGUAAUAGACAGCAAGGUAUACAAUGUCACAAACUGGGCCCGGAAACACCCCGGUGGGGGCAGACUUUUAGGGCACUAUGCUGGGGAAGACGCGACGGAUGCUUGGGUUGGUUUUCACAAUGACAAACAGUUGGUGUCCAAGUUUCUGAAACCUCUGCUGAUUGGACAACUGGCCCCAAAUGAAAUCACGGAAACACCACUUAUGAAAGACUUCAGGGACUUGCGGAAGAAACUGGAAGACAUGAACCUGUUUAAAGCAGACAGAAUUUUCUUCCUGCUGACAGUGGGGCAGAUACUCCUAUUUGAGCUCAUCGCUUGGGUGAUUUUCUACUGCAUGGGUACAGGCUGGGUACCCUUCCUCCUGGCUUCCCUCUUCCUUGUAACAGCUCAGGCUCAGGCUGGCUGGUCCCAACAUGAUUUUGGUCACUUGUCCGUCUUCCGCAAGUCAAAAUGGAACCACAUUGUGCACAUUUUCAUCAUCAACUUUUUGAAGGGGGCCUCUGCUGACUGGUGGAAUUAUCGGCACUACCAGCAUCAUGCCAAGCCUAACAUCAUCCGUAAAGACCCAGAUAUCAGGAUGGAGAUGCUGUUUCUGCUGGGAAAACAGCAACCUGUAGAGUUUGGGAAGAAAAAGAAAGGAUUCAUGCCCUAUAAUUACCAGCACAAUUAUUUCUACCUAGUUCUUCCUCCUCUGCUGCUACCAUUAUACUUCAACUAUGAAAUUCCGUACUUUUUGAUAAGCCGCAGGAAAUGGGGGGAAUUGGCAUGGAUGUUAUCGUUUUUCCUACAUUAUUGUUUGUUAUUUGGCUGUUUUCUGGGAGUUUGGGGAACUCUAGGCUUGUAUCUGUUUGUCAGAUUCCUGGAAAGCCAUUGGUUCGUCUGGACAACUCAGAUGAACCACAUUCCCAUGGCUGUGGAGCGUGAACAGAGACUCGACUGGGUGACCAUGCAACUCAAGGCCACAUGUAACGUCAAACAGUCCUGGUUCAAUGACUGGUUCAGCGGACAUCUUAAUUUCCAGAUUGAACACCAUUUAUUUCCCACAAUGCCGCGGCACAACUACCACAAGGUGGCGCCACUUGUACAGUCUCUGUGCCGAAAACAUGGUCUGAAUUACCAGUCAAAGGGGCUAUUUGAGGCUUUCAAGGACAUUGUUGUAUCUCUGAAGGAAUCGGGAGAGUUGUGGUAUGAGGCAUAUCACAUGUGAGCUGACCAUAGAGAAACAAAAAAUUUAAUUAUUAUAAAUUGUUCAAGAUUUUUAUUGGAAUUUGUGUUUGCAUUGAAAUAGAAAGCUUUUGACUGAUUUUUACGCCAUGGUCACGAACAUCCGUGAGUUGACACGAAUCUGGAUGAGAUCACAAAGCUAUUGUUUACAGUCACACUGGAUCUGCCAAUUUUUAUUGAUUCAGUUUUAAUUCUGAAGCUGUCCCUAACAUGUUGGAUGUACAAGUGUAUACUACUUACAUUUCUUCAGUGAGCAUGAAUGUUGUGUGAUCUAGGAUGCAGUGAUGAAAGAUUUAAGAAGACAUUAAUAAUGUAGACCUAUUCUACAAGCUAGGCUAAAACCACCACAGACAGCCUAGGAGUUAGCCACUAGUCUGCCAGGAGUUUGCCCAUGGUGUGGAAUGAGCAGUAAAGACCAAAUAUCCCGUUUGGUUUGUCUUCAUCAUACAUACAGGCAAUAGCAAUAAGGAUGUCCUGAAAUAGGACACUGCCUUGGUUGAGUAGGACACUGCCUUGGUUGAGUAGGACAUUGCUUGGUUGAGUAGGACAUUGCCUUGGUUGAGUAUGACACUGUUUUGGUGAGACGGCAUUGUUAACUUUAAAUGACUAUCUUGUUUCCUCAUAUAGGAAAUUUCCAUGGGAGAGUUGUGUCCCAUAGUCAGUAGUUUUUCUGGAAGCCAAGACUGUUUAUCCAACAUGUCCAAUGAAGUAGAUGCUCUGCUUUUUUCAUUUUAGCCAAUUUCUCUUUAUCUGCGGGCUACCAUUAAAAGGAAAUCUACCUGUGUUCAACAAAAAUGUAUGGAAAAUCUUGCUAAGAUGGCCACAUGAAAAGUCUAGCCCCGCUUGUACCUCGAUCUGCCCAGUAGAUGGGUGUAGGGGUCAGCAAGGUGUUAACCUGGACUCAAAUACAUAAACACAUGUAAAUUACAUUAGAUAUGCACUCUCAGCAUUCCAGGGGAGGCAGUAGUAGAACACUUAAAGCCUGCUACAAGUGUGAUAAGGGUGAGCUUGGUUGGGCAUGGAGAGGUUGCAUGUGACAUCAUCACCUUGGCAGAGCAAUAGCCAGGUUAGCCAU